AUGGGCUACGAUUUCGAUGAGGUCUCCGAAUGCUCGGACUUAAGUUCUCUCCCCUCUUCUCGGGCAUGCUCACCAGAACCUGCGGAACGCUACCCGACCCCGUCAUCCCAAGCUGAAUCUGGCGCUGAGGGUUCUGCGCGCCAAGCCGGUCCCGCGAAGAGGAGACGCAACCCCCUACCGAAGGAACGGACCACCCAAUACCUCGACCUGUCCAAAUGUCUCUAUGAACAGAAUGACCAGCACAAUUUGCUCGUCCAGACCCUUCGCCACCAAAAGGAUAUCGUCGUCAUCGCUGGUGCAGGCAUUUCCACCGCCGCCGGUAUCCCGGACUUCCGUUCCACAGAUGGUCUGUUCAAAUCUUUACAAAAGAAGCACAACCUAAAGGCUUCUGGCAAGCUUCUCUUUGAUGCCGCUGUCUACCAAGAUGACGCAUUGACCCUGCCCUUCCACGAAAUGGUCCGGUCGCUGUCCGAGGAAGCUGCCAAGACCAAACCCACCGCCUUCCACGAGAUGCUCGCCCGUCUAGGAACUGAGUCUCGCCUUAAACGACUGUACACCCAGAAUAUCGAUGGCAUUGAAACCUCUAUGGGACCCUUGGCCACCGAGGUCCCGCUCAACGUCAAGGGCCAAUGGCCCGUGACUAUUCAAUUGCACGGCAGUAUCGAGAAGAUGGUUUGCCAGAAGUGUUGCUUCCUCUGUGACUUCAACGGCGACAUGUUCACAGAAGCUGAUCCGCCCCCUUGCGCAAAAUGCGAAGAGAACGACACGGUUCGUCUCAUUGGAGGCUACCGGAGCCAUGGGAUUGGACGUAUGCGCCCUCGCAUCGUUCUCUACAACGAACACAACCCCGACGAAGAAGCUAUUACAUCUGUCAUGAACUCGGACAUCAAAUCUCGCCCUCGUGUUCUCAUUGUUGCUGGUACGAGCUUAAAGAUUCCCGGGGUUCGUCGCCUUGUCAAGAGCAUGUGCGCGAUGAUCCGUAGUCGGAAGGACGGCGUUACAAUGUUUAUCAAUAACGAACCGCCAAGUGGAAAGGAGUUUGAUGACUGCUUUGACUUGGUCGUUCAGGGAUCCUGCGAUGAAGUGGCACGCCAGGCAAACCUGAAAUCGUGGACCUCUGAGGAUAUCAGCGAGUGUGUCUACGAAUCCUCCCCAGAGCCGAUAGCCGUACUCCCCAGUUCACUGCGUGCGCCAACUGUUGGAUCUUUCGCAGUUGUUGUCACGCCCAAAAAGCGACCACGUACCGACUCUGGUCUUAUUACACCUUCAUCCGACCAGGACGAGAAACCUGCCAAGAGGGCGGCCACCAAGGCUUCUAAGGUCACAAACCCCGCCAGCAAGGGUCGCAGCAUCACAGAGCUUCUCAAGUCGCAAAGGGCGGUUCCAGCGAAGAGUGCAGCGAAGAAUGCACUCAAGCCUGCGCCAAAGGCUGCCCCGAAAGCUGCUCCCAAACCCAAACCGAAGGCCGGAACCGCUGCUCCAAAGAAAGGAGCCAAGGCACCUGCCAAACCCAACGCUGCCAUCACUUCGUUCACCCGUGUCACGAAGACUUCAAUCAAGGCCGGAGCAACCGAUGUCAAGACUGGCAAAGCGAUGCUCCCCGUCCCUGCUGGUGCGCCAAAGAACAACGGUCCUAUCACCAAAGUUACAAGACAAUCUGGCAAAGCAGGCCAACUCGAUACCGAAUCUCGUCCUCCGCCUGUGGCGUCCUCCUAA